ACUCGCUGCCGUAUGACUUUAGUCGCCUUCAUUAACGAUUCCACAAAGUAGAGGGACACUGAGUACACUUACCUCUAGUGAGCGAAACACUACAAGUCUCGGAAUAUCAGUGUGUACUUAAAUCUCUCGCUCUCUUCUUGUCUGAAGGCAAGACAGACGCCCACCCUAAAAGACAUACAGGAAGAACAUCCAUUCUGACCCUGACCUCUGCUUUCCAUCCAGUCCACAUGACUGAGCCACGCAGGAGUGCUGAACAGCAGACCAACACCUGUGUUCUCAGUUAAAGCAAGAUGUCAUCAGCCAAAGAGAAUGGAGUCAGCGGGUCUAGCAAUAACACUAGAGAGAAAACAUAUAAAAAGACUACGUCAUCUGCCCUAAAAGGAGCUAUCCAGCUUGGCAUUGGUUACACUGUGGGGAAUCUGACCUCAAAACCUGACCGAGAUGUGCUCAUGCAGGACUUCUAUGUGGUGGAGAGUGUGUUUUUACCCAGUGAGGGGAGCAACCUGACUCCAGCACACCAUUAUCCAGACUUCCGUUUCAAGACGUACGCACCACUGGCUUUCCGCUACUUCCGGGAGCUGUUCGGUAUCAAGCCAGAUGAUUACUUGUAUUCCAUUUGUAAAGAGCCCCUGAUUGAGUUGUCUAAUCCGGGCGCCAGCGGCUCGCUCUUCUACCUGACCAGCGAUGAUGAAUUCAUCAUCAAAACCGUCCAGCACAAAGAGGCAGAGUUCCUGCAAAAACUGCUUCCAGGAUACUACAUGAACCUCAACCAGAACCCAAGGACUCUCCUUCCCAAGUUCUACGGCCUGUACUGUGUUCAAUCUGGAGGAAUCAACAUUCGUCUUGUGGUUAUGAACAAUGUUCUGCCUCGGUCUUUAAAGAUGCACUACAAAUAUGACCUGAAGGGCUCCACGUACAAGAGACGGGCGUCGCGAAAAGAGCGGGAAAAGUCCUGCCCCACAUAUAAGGACCUAGACUUUGUGGACAUGCAUGAUGGCUUGUACUUUGACACAGAGACAUAUAACGCCCUGAUGAAGACACUACAGCGAGACUGCCGGGUUCUGGAGAGUUUUAAGAUCAUGGACUACAGUCUGCUGUUGGGAGUGCACGUUCUGGACCAAAAUCACAGAGAAGGAGACGUCAACAUUGUAGACGGGAAGAGGACCGUGGGACAGAAAGUUCUUUACUCCACCGCCAUGGAGUCUAUUCAGGGAGACGGCAAGGCAGCCGAGGCUUUGACUACCGAUGACACAAUGGGAGGCAUUCCUGCAAAAACACACAGGGAUGAGAAACUACUUAUUUUUCUAGGCAUUAUCGACAUCUUGCAGUCUUACAGAUUCAUUAAGAAGCUGGAGCACUCCUGGAAGGCACUCGUCUAUGAUGGUGAUACGGUGUCUGUGCACAGACCGAGUUUCUAUGCAAACAGAUUUCUCAAGUUCAUGAGCUCCAGAGUAUUCAGAAAGAUUCAGCCAAAUCGUUUCUCCCCGAACAAGAGGGCGCGGAACUCCAUAUCAGCACUGAAGUGCUCUUCUCAAGAGGUGCUGUCCUCACAGAAGGAGGAAAAGGCCGAGGAGAGGACAGACAGACUUGGAGGAGCCCGUAGUCUUGCUAGUCUGGAUGGACAAGUGUUCUGGUCCCAUAACCGUCCUGACCUGGUCCCUCAGACUCCUUACCCUUAUGAAGCCUCUUCCUUGAGCCACACCCUCUCCCCGCCCUCUAUUUACGUCACAGAUCGGUACCGGGAGGCCAAAACGAACGAAAGAUGUGCCUGCUCAACUUUUACAUUGGAGGACAGUGCCAUCUGUCUGACAUCGGAGCAAAGCACCAUGGACAUAGACAGAGAUGACGACUCGGUGCUGGAUGUCUACUUUUAAGGAGCAAAAUGGGAUGAUCUUCAUCUCUACCCUCCCCAUCACCUGCUUCUGUAGUCCUCCAGAUCCUCAUGUGCCGAGAGCGCCACCUGCUGCCAAACAAGGAAAACAUUCGCCAACACAACUUCUACAAUCACACAUCUGUACAUCGGAUCACAGUGCUAAACAUUUCCUUGGACUGUUUGGAGGGAAUGUGGCUACAGCUGUUCAGAUUCUUGGACAUUGGACUGAUUGUGCUUUUGUAGCCCUUACAUUACAGGCAGCUCUGGGAUCGAACUGAAGACAGAUGUCACAUCACGUCGUUCAUUGUUUUGGAAACAUGCAAUAAUUACGCUCCUUUGAUAUGCAAAGAUGGUUUAUAACUGCUAUUUUCUUUACCUCUUAAAGGAUCUAGUCUUUAGUGACCUAGAUGCAGCGCUUGGCGAUUCAAACUCUACGUAACAGAGCUGUUCGGAUAUUUUUAAAUGUGCAAUUUUCAUACAUUAUACAAGUGUGUGUUAUCGUAGUUCUCCUCACUGGAGUAAUAAUCCUGACGUUUUAUUUCCAAGCAAACACAGUUUCUAGGAAACAACAGAUGUGCGACUGUAGUUCUCAGACAACUCUUAUGAUCACAAAUGUGUCAUGUACUGUAAAUGUAGGAGUGUCUUUCACUGUGUAACAUGCUCGGAUUUACGCUGGUACAUCAGCUCCUGAUAAUCAAGAGUGGGAUUCGCAUCAGCAGUGCAUCAUUUACAUAUAUCCAGAUGCCAGAAUGUUUUUAUGUGCUAAAAUGCAGUCAGUCUUUCAUGUGGGGACGAGUGAGUUUCAUACACGCAUAUACAUUCUCUCAGGAGAUCCUUUUCCUAGAAGCAUCCAAAUGAUUGCUUGAUGUUAGAUGCUAGUGCGCUUCUGAUUUCAAAUGCCAUGUCAGAACUGUCUUUUGAAUAUUAUUAUUGCACCUUUGUUUGUUUUGAGGCCAUAAUUUAUUAAAUCAUUAUUAUAAAUUAACUUUGUGUUAGUUUGAAUUUCAUGUCAACCAGUAUUUGGCCAUUUUGAGAUUAUUGCAAUGUGCAUUGUUUGUGAAUGAGUGUCCAUUUUAUUGUGGCAAAUUUGUAUAUAUUUUGCUCCUAUUAAAUUGUGUUACGUACAGU